CUAGUUGAUAACUAGAUAGUGUGUGUGGGGAAUAAUCAAGGUGUAAACUCAGCCUCAGCUGGGUUCCUCUCCAGUGUGCUUAUGUGCAGCCUGAUGCAGGUUCUAACAAGGUGCUUGGCUGGAAUUCUGUCCCUUGUAGUAGGUUUGGGGAAGUGUGCUUCUCUGUGUAACUUUCCAAGUGCGCCUCCGUCCUGCCCUGGAUUGAUGGGACCAGAAGCCAGCGAGCUCCCAAGUUCAAUGUGUGCAGUAACGAAGUUUUAAUUCUGAGCCAGAGACAGCUCACUGCUAUGGACAGUACGAUCACCUUGUGGCAGUUCCUCCUCCAACUCCUCCAGGAACCUCAGAACAAACACAUCAUCUGUUGGACCUCCAACGACGGGGAGUUCAAAUUGCUGCAGGCAGAGGAGGUGGCCCGGCUUUGGGGAAUCCGCAAGAACAAGCCCAGCAUGAACUAUGACAAACUCAGCCGUGCUCUCAGAUACUACUAUGUGAAGAAUAUCAUCAAAAAAGUGAAUGGUCAGAAGUUUGUGUACAAGUUUGUUUCUUAUCCGGAGAUUUUGAAUAUUGCUCCACUGAUGGUGGGCAGGAUUGAGGGAGACCCAGUGAUGGCUGGCUUUGCAGAAGUCAGCAGUACUCCGAAGGACCUGGAAAACGGUGUGAAAGAGAAGCCCCAGACCUGUGCUAAAUCAUCCGGCCGCAAUGACUAUAUCCAUUCAGGCCUGUACUCUUCCUUUACUCUGAACUCCCUGAACUCCUCCGGUGUGAAGCUCUUCAGGUCGGUCAAGAUUGAGAAUCCAGCUGAGAAACUGGUGGAGAAGAAACCUGCUCAGGAUCUGACACCUUCAGUCAUAAAGUUUGUAACCAUGCCCUCCAAAAGGCCUGCAGUUGCACCCCUUGCCUCGGCCACUUCAAUUGUCUCCACUCUUCCUACAGAAUCAGAAGAAACUCUCCAGACCUUGGAGACUCUAGUUCCACCAAAAUUAACUCUCACCGAAGCUCCAGCCCCUUUGCCAAACUUCACCGCCACCUUCACCCCAACACCACCUGUAUCUUCCAUUUCUCCCACUCUGGAGGUUCCUUCCACACCCCCUUCACCACCCUUGAGUUCUAACCCUGACCUGGACAUUGACACGGACAUAGAGUCGGUGGCUUCUCAGCAGUUGGAGCAGUCUCAGAACCCUCACCACCUAUCACCAGAGCCCAGAGAGCACGAUUUAUCUCUGCUAGAGAAGGAUCUUGCCAAUCACCUCUCCAGAUCUAAAAAACCGAAAGGGCUGGAGCUAGCUCCCACUCUUGUCAUUACAGGCAGUGAUCCAAGCCCACUGGGGAUACUAAGCCCUUCUCUCCCUACUGCUUCUCUUACUCCAGCGUUUUUUUCACAGACUCCCAUCUUGCUGACCCCAAGCCCCUUGUUCUCAAGUAUUCACUUCUGGAGCACGCUCAGUCCAGUAGCUCCUCUCAGUCCAGCAAGACUGCAAGGUGCUAACACCCUUUUUCAGUUUCCAUCAGUACUGAGCAGCCAUGGGCCAUUUACUCUGUCGGGACUGGAUGGACCCUCCACCCCUGGACCGUUUUCCCCUGAUCUGCAGAAGACAUAGCACAUGAACUCCUGGAAAGGACAAAUUGGGGAACAAUGGAAAGAGAUGACAUUAAAUGUAAUCCAUUUUUAAAUGAGCAAUUUAUAAUUCCACCCACAUCAUGAACGGUCAUAAUUUUUGCCAUUCCCAGUUCAAAUGCCUUUUUGCAAAAUUCCCUCUUUUGAAGACUAAAUUGGGAAUGCACAUGGAAACGCCUUAAUUGGAGUCCAGGCUCCACAAUCUUUUCUUUGCCUCCUUGGUUAAGAAGUCUCUUAAAGGGAGUUUCUGGUGGAACGCAGUGACUGAGUUUGUAUUGAUUGCAGCAAAACAAUAUCUAAGAAGUCUCUCCUCUCUCACUCUGACACCUCCAUUCUUCUGCUUCCUGUGCUGGGCAUGAAGAAAAUGAAUCAUGAUUGAAGCUGGCAUUCCAAGAAAAGGGUUUGAGUGCAGCUUUGCCCUGGGGCUAAUGAUAACUUCUCCUGCAACAACAAAACAGCGAAUGUCUCAUGCUAUAAAAACAUCUAAACUUUUUGCAGGGAGACAUUUUUAAGGAGUACUUUUGGUGGUAUAGGUGAAAAGCAGACCAUUGUUUGGAUAGUGUUGCACGCAGGUAAUCUAUCAGUUAAAUUCCCCUCCUUGAAAGGGGGGUUGGAGAGCUCCCAGAGGCUACUUGUAAUAUUGUGAGCAGGCAGGGCUCUGAGACAAAUGGAUCAUGGCAUGAAUUAUUUGGGGUUCUUGAACUGUUUGAAUUCUUUGGUAUUUCUUGAUGGUUAUAUAUACACACAUCUCUGAUGCCUGAUAUCUGUGUAAAGCCUGUAAAUUGGCUGCUAGAGGAUUAACAAAUCAUGCUAACCUAGGACUCUCCCCACCUCCAUCCCUGGUAUUGGAUAUUCUGUGUGAGAUUGAGGGUUGUCUGUGUAUUUGGCAAGCGACACUCUGGGGCUGGCCAUUGCUUGAUGUUCUGGUGUGCAGCUCAAGGGGAAAAAACACUCAAAUUCUCUGCUUUUCCCAGAAAUGAGGAACCAGAAGUGGAGAACCCCCCUGCCCAGCUCUUGUUGUCUCAAGUUGUACUUUAACCACAUUGCUUUUUAAGUGGAGGAAGUGUUGGAAUUCAUGAAAAGUUGGGUAUGAUGUGUGCAGCUAAAAUAGGAAGAGAAUUGAGCAGUAUCAACAGUAAGGUAAAAUCACGCAUGUUCCAGGUAAACAUGCCCAUCUUUUGGUGGUGAGUAGAUGGGGGUGUGUGUUGGGGGGGUUAAUAUGAGUGUUCUUGAAAGCCAUUUCACACUGAUGAGCUAAGACCAGCAGCUAGGACAAUAACCUCAAGCAGUCUUUUGUGGGAGAGCUGGGAUGUGAAAGAAGCACCUAAGACUGGGGGAUGUCUCAGGUGUUUGCAGUUGGACUUCUGCCAUCCGCUGUCAGGCAACAACUUCCUCUUGCUACCAAUGUACAUGCAAUGAGGAUGCACUUGGAUAACCUGUCCGCUAGAAAGUGGACUGAAACUGCACUUCUCUCGGUCACUCUUACUUCGGGUGAUGAGAUGUUCCGAUUUUAUAGGGACAGUCCCGAUAUUUGGGGCUUAGUCUUGUAUAGGCACCUAUUACUUCUCACCUCUGUCCCAAUUUUUCACACUUGCUCUCUGGUCACUCUACCCUUAUCAGCUGUUUCAGAAGAGAUGCUGAAGAUGGGAUGAGCAUGGAGAAGUGGUACUUUCAGAACAGAGUUGAGUCUUGUUAGUGAGGGAAGCUUGCAGUGUUACUCCUUUCAUUGCACCUGUCCUUAAGACAAAGAGAGGACUUUGUUCUCCAGAGCUUUCAAUCUGACACUUUUUGCAAGCUCUAAAUUCACUUUAAAGCAUAUGUGUUUGAGAACGUCCAAAACUGAAUGUAGUAAGAUGAAAGUAGCUUGUUAUAUUCCAGCACUGAAAUACAUACAUCAAUAUAUCAUGUAUCUUUAAUAUUUUACCCUUGAGAAAUGGAUGUUAGAGUUACUUUUUGGACUGUUCAGCCAGAAAAUCUCUUGUCCCAAGUGAAUUCAGAGGAAAGGAUAUCUAGCUUUUGAUGGGAGUAGAAGGGAGUCUGCUGCCUCCCUGCCAGAU